AUGCAUACGCCACAUCAGCAGCAGCAACAACAAUUGAAUCCAGAUACUAAUACAACUAUGUGGUUGGAUGACCCAUACGCAUUAAACCGUGACUCAGGCAUACAUUCAGGCACAUCUAAUUCAUUAAGAAGUGGUUUAAGCGAUUGCAAUGACAGUGAACAGUCUUUUACAACAAUGAUGACAAACAGCGAGCAACAACGUUUUCAACAUAGUGUCGCAACACAAGGUACACCACAUCAUCAUCAUUCACAACAACAUCAACCACCAGUACCACCACGGCUACCGGAAGAGCAGCAACAACAAGAAAUUGAUCCGAAUAUAACCAUGAUGAGUCAUCGUCGAGAACCUGGUGAAAUGAUAUCGGAGUUAAUAAGUUUGUUGAAUGAUGAUGAUCGUCUUAUUGUUAGUGAAGCCGUUAUGUUUGUACACACUCUGGUUAAAGAAGGAGGAGAUAUCAGAUUAGACAUAAUUCGUAAUCGGGAAAUAAUUAUUGCUUUAUUACGCGCAUUUUCCAAAGAUUCAGGCGAUGGACAGUUGACUUAUGUUCUGGCUAGUCUUUUUCAUUUUUUAUCACAACAACAAGAUGGAUUAUUCGCAAUUCUUGAAGCUGGAGGAAUUCAGGCACUUUUACAGGUUCUUGAUUCAAGGGAUAAUAUCGUUAAUUUUGUUAUCACUACACUACAUAAUUUUCUCAUUAUUCUACAAGCAGAUGCAGCUAGAGAAAUAGAAAAUUUUCAUGGGACCGAAAAAUUCGUUUCACUAUUAGACAGAUCCAAUGAUAAAUUACUAACAUUAUUAACCGAUUGUUUACAUAAAAUGGCAUGUUAUAAUCAAGAAGCGAAAGCUUUUCUACAAAGAAGUGAAAUAUGUUCUCAACACUUGUUACGUAUUAUGGAUUCGACAAAAUACGAUAAACUUUUAUUGACAAUAUCAAAAUUAUUUCCAAUCAUCUCAUCUGGUACUAUAUCUACAAAGAAAACAAUAUUACAAGCAAAUGGAAUUGAAAUAUUAGAAAAACAAAUUAAUAAGACAAAAAGUAUUCGUAUUAGACGUAAUUGUCUUCUGACAGUGAGAAAUAUAUCCGAUCAAGCUAUCAGAUUGAAAGGGAUGGAAUCAUUGAUUCAAACAUUGAUUCAGUUAUUGUUAACGGAUGAUAUUGUCUCGAUCACAUGCUCAGUUGGAAUUUUGAAUAAUUUGACGUGUGAUAAUCAAACAAACAAAAGAUUUUUGGUUAAAAUAAAUGGUAUACAAACGUUGAUUAAAACAAUACUACAAUCGGGUGAAAAGGAAGAAAUCAUUGAGCCUGCACUAUGCACAUUACGGCAUGUGACAGCGCGUCAUGAACAAGAAGUAGAGGCAAGAGAGGCUGUUAGAAAGCUAUGUGGCAUACCGUAUUUUAUCAAAUUAUUGAACAUAAAACAUUGGAAAAAGGAUUGGCCAACGGUUAAAGCAACGAUUGGUUUAAUAAAAAAUCUGGCACUAUCAACAAGUAAUUUAUCAUCGUUGCGUGAAAAUGGGGCUGUACCAAAAUUAGUUCAACUUCUAACAGUUGUUGAACAAGAAAGACAACAGUUACUCCGAUCACAUGAUGAUACAACUAAUUUAAAUCAUAUCGAACAUACUCUUGACAUUAUACUGGGAGCAUUAUAUACAUUAGCAAAAGAUCAAAUAAAUCGGACAAUUAUUAAAGAUCUCAAUUGUAUACCAAUAUUUGUUCGAUAUCAUUAUCUACCACACUGUCCACUACAGCGUACUUCAUCAGAAAUAUUGAAUGAACUACGUCAAGAUCCGGAAUGUCAUCAAGUAAUUGAGACACAACUGGGUACACAGAAAGUAUUGGAUUUUUUGAAACAAUAA